GGCACAGUGCGCAUGCUCAUUCCGUGUUCCAGCUAUAACUGCAUCCGAGCCAUAACAAUCGUCAGAAUUGAACAUUUUUGGUUAACGAGUUACAAAUCAGAAAACCACAAUCGGAGGAAUCAGAUUGUCAAAACAACACAGCAGGUGACACCCCUUAGACAAUGCAAACCCUAAUAUCCAGUUUGUGGAGAAUAAGAAGGUGAACGUGCCUUCAUCUGCAGCGAGGAUUCGGUGAAAAUGGGCGAUUAUGUAUAGAAGAGGGUUUUUUUUUUUUUCAAAAAACGGGGGUUGUAAAAAAAAAUAAUAAAAGAAAUGAGUUAUUUUGAAAAAAUCGUCGUUUUGCAACGGUUUGGUGGUGAAAUCAUACCAAGACAACCCGGAUGUUUUAACCAGCUAACGAGGAAACAAGCAGUUUGGAAGAGAUAAUUGUAUUUUUUUUCCCAAAUCCAAGCCAUGCACUGAAAUUAGAAAACCAGGCUGUACACUGACCGAACAUACAGUACAGCAGGAGCAACCGGCGAUCACCGGCCUAUAACUUUUUCUUAUAUUUUUGUAUCGUGGAAUAACUAUUUGAGCCGCAGGGGUUAUUUAUUGAAUACAGUACCUCAACACUAUAUAUUUAUGAAUUGUUUUUGGAGGAAGGACUUGCAUGUCAAUGGCUCGCCUUUCGCAACAGAAGUGCAUCGCUUCCACCCUGUUUUGAUGUGAGAAGCCUUGGAGAUACAGCAGGAUAACUCUGGCUGGCUCUGUGUGUGUGUGUGUGUGUGUGUGUGUGUAUAAAUAGCUGGAGCCAUGCAGACUCCACAGCUACAGUACGACUUCUUCAAUGAAGAGAACGCACACAAGUGGCGGGGACUGCUGGUACCGUCCCUCAACAAGGUUUUAAACCAAGUCCACCCGAAGCUGUCCUCAAAGGAAGAUGCCCUGCAGUACAUUGAGGAGCUGAUCCUGCUGCUACUGAGCAUGCUCUGUCAAGCCCAGCCGCGCACCGUGCAGGAUGUGGAGGAGCGUGUGCAGAAAAGUUUUCCUCAUCCGAUCGACAAAUGGGCCAUAGCAGAUGCACAGGCUGCUAUAGAGAAGAGGAAAAGGAGGAACCCACUAGCCCUGCCUGUUGACAAAAUUCACCCUCUUCUAAAGGAGGUCCUAGGAUACAAAAUCGACCAUCAAGUUUCAGUUUACAUAGUAGCAGUAUUAGAAUACAUCUCUGCUGAUAUUUUGAAACUGGCUGGGAAUUACGUACGGAACAUCAGACACUAUGAAAUCUCGCAGCAGGACAUUAAGGUGGCAAUGUGUGCUGAUAAGGUGCUCAUGGACAUGUUCCACCAGGAUGAGGAGGACAUCAGUGGGUGGGCCCUCAUGGACGAGGAGCCCUCCGCCUCUGGGGAGCAGAUGUACUACGACCUGGUCAAGACCUUUAUGGCCGAGGUGCGGCAGUACUUGAGGGACCUCAACCUCAUCAUCAAAGUCUUCAGGGAACCCUUCGCCUCCAACACCAAGCUCUUCUCCCCACACGACGUUGAGAACAUAUUCAGCCGCAUUGUAGAUAUUCACGAGCUCACUGUUAAACUGCUGGGCCUUAUUGAGGACACAGUAGAGAUGACAGAUGAAGGGAGUCCUCAUCCUUUGGUAGGAAGCUGCUUUGAAGAUUUGGCCGAGGAGCUGGCUUUCGAUCCUUAUGAAACUUAUGCACAGGACAUCCUCAGGCAGGGCUUCCACGACCAUUUCCUCAGCCAGCUGUCAAAGCCAGGGGCAGCUCUUUAUUUACAGUCUGCAAGUGAAGGGUUUAAAGAAGCUGUCCAGUAUGUCCUCCCCAGACUGCUUUUAACUCCAGUUUACCACUGUCUACACUACUUUGAAAUUUUAAAGCAAUUAGAAGAAAAGAGUGAAGAUGAAGAGGACAAGGAAUGUCUGAAACAGGCGAUAACAGCCCUGCUUAACCUCCAGAGCAGCAUGGAAAGGAUAUGCUCCAAAAGCUUGGCAAAGCGGCGACUGAGCGAGUCGGCCUGUCGGUUUUACAGUCAGCAGAUGAAGGGCAAGCACCUGGCCAUCAAGAAGAUGAACGAGAUCCAGAAAAAUAUCGACGGCUGGGAGGGCAAAGACAUCGGGCAGUGCUGCAACGAGUUCAUCAUGGAGGGGACGCUGACGCGGGUGGGCGCCAAGCACGAGCGCCAUAUCUUCCUCUUCGACGGGCUGAUGAUCUGCUGCAAGUCCAACCACGGGCAGCCCCGGCUCCCGGGUGUUGGCACCGCGGAGUACCGGCUCAAGGAGAAGUUCUUCAUGCGCAAGGUGCAGAUCAACGACAAGGACGACACGGGCGAGUACCGGCACGCCUUCGAAAUCAUCCUGAAGGACGACAACAGCGUGGUGUUUGCUGCCAAGUCCGCCGAGGAGAAGAAUAACUGGAUGGCGGCGCUCAUCUCCUUGCAGUACCGCAGCACCCUGGAGCGCAUGCUGGACCUCACCAUGCUGCAGGAGGAGAAGGAGGAGCAGAUGAGGCUGCCCACCCCAGACAUGUACCGUUUCGCAGAGCCCGACUCCGAGGAGAACGUGGUUUUCGAGGAGAAUGUGCAGUCCAAGUCGGGCAUCCCCAUUAUCAAGGCUGGCACCGUGGUGAAACUCAUUGAGAGGCUCACCUACCAUAUGUAUGCAGAUCCUAAUUUUGUACGAACGUUUUUAACAACAUACCGAUCGUUUUGCAAGCCACAGGAACUUCUCAAGCUACUAAAAGCUAGGUUUGCAAUUCCAGAGCCCAACCCAACUGAGGCUGACAAGGCUGCUGUGGAGAAUGGAGACCAGCCCCUGAGCGCAGAGCUGAAGCGCUUCAGGAAGGAGUACGUCCAGCCAGUGCAGCUCAGAGUCUUGAAUGUGUGCAGGCACUGGGUGGAACACCACUUUUACGAUUUUGAGAGGGACGCCGGCCUGCUAAGUGAAUUAGAAGAAUUCAUAGGAAAGGUCAAAGGUAAAGCAAUGAGAAAAUGGGUUGAAUCUAUCACUAAAAUUAUCCAGAGGAAAAAACAGGCGCAAGCAAAUGGACCAAGUCACAACAUUACCUUUGAAAGCUCCCCUCCUCCUAUAGAAUGGCACAUAAGCAAAGCUGGCCAGACAGAGCAUUUCGACCUGCUGACGCUGCACCCCAUUGAGAUCGCACGACAGCUCACCUUACUCGAAUCGGACCUCUACAGGGCCGUGCAGCCGUCAGAGCUGGUGGGCAGUGUGUGGACAAAAGAAGACAAGGAAAUCAACUCUCCCAACCUCCUCAAGAUGAUUAGGCACACAACCAACCUCACACUGUGGUUUGAGAAGAGCAUCGUGGAGACUGAAAACCUGGAGGAACGGUCGGCAGUGGUGGCUCGGAUAAUCGAGAUCCUGCAGGUUUUCCAGGAGCUGAACAACUUUAAUGGUGUCCUGGAGGUUGUGAGUGCCAUGAACUCCUCCCCCGUGUACAGGCUGGACCACACGUUUGAGCAAAUCCCAAGCCGGCAGAGGAGGAUUCUAGAGGAAGCUCACGAGCUGAGUGAAGACCACUAUAAGAAGUAUUUGGCUAAGCUCAGGUCUAUCAACCCACCUUGCGUGCCUUUCUUUGGAAUUUAUUUAACUAAUAUCUUGAAGACUGAGGAAGGCAACCCAGAUUUUCUGAAGAGACAUGGCAAAGACUUGAUAAACUUUAGUAAAAGGAGGAAAGUUGCUGAAAUUACAGGAGAGAUUCAGCAGUACCAGAAUCAGCCCUAUUGCUUACGAGUGGAAAACGACAUCCGAAGGUUCUUUGAAAAUUUAAAUCCCAUGGAAGAUAAAAUGGAAAAGGAAUUUGCUGAUUAUUUGUUCAAUAAAUCAUUGGAAAUAGAGCCUCGAAAUGCCAAGUCAUUACCUAGAUUUGCGAAGAGAUACAGCUGUCCCAUGAAGUCUCCUGGCGUACGCCCUUCGAUCAUCAGGACCAGUACCAUGAGACACCCGACUCCGCUGCAGAAUGAGCCGCGCAAAAUCAGUUACAGCCGAAUCCCCGACAGUGAAAUGGAAAGCACGCCAUCGGCCCCUAACUCCCCUCGGACGCCCCUGACUCCUCCCCUGGCGUCUGCCGCAUCCAGCACAACGGACAUCUGCAGCGUCUUCGACUCGGGCCCGCCCAGCCCCUUCCACUCAAGCAGUGAUACCAGCUUUGCCCCAGUUUCACUGCCACAAGGCCCAAGAUCUUCUUCUGUCUCGUCAAUGGUUAGCUUUAACAGAAGCCAGGAGGACGGUCCUGCCCCUCCACCAGUCCCCCCAAGGAGGCGGCCAGAUUCGGCCCCGGCAGAGUCCUCUCCUUCAAAGAUUAUGACUAAGCACUUGGACAGCCCUCCCGCCAUUCCUCCCCGGCAGCCCACGUCGAAGGUGUACUCCCCGCGGUACCCCCUGCCAGACCAGACCUCUGUGUCGGAGCCCCCGGACAGUCCGCCCACGCUGCCACCGCGGGAGCCCGUGAGGACACCAGAUGUCUUCGCCAGCUCUCCAAUAAAUCUGCAGCCCCCACCCUUGGGGAGGAGGAGCGAACUGAGCCAGACGUUCUUCCCAAGCAGCCCCUUGCCCUUCACCUCCCACCCCCCGCAGACGCCCUCCCCGCUGGGCACCCGCAAGCACCUCCCCUCCCCCCCCUUGAUAUCCCAGGACUCUGAGCCCCACGGCACGGCCGGCCCUCCCGUCCCGCCCCGGCAGAGCACCUCCCAGACCAUCCCCAAGCUUCCACCCAAAACCUACAAAAGGGAGCACACCCUUCCGUCAAUCCAUCGGGACAGGCCAGCUUUGCUGGAGAAUGCCCACUCGUCCUAACUGGAGGGACGGGGACACGGCCUUGCUAACACUAAAGACUUGGGAGCCAGUGCAGGUUCUACCUGUGACCUAACCCUCAACCUUCAAGAAGAUAGUUUUUUGUUUUUUUUUUAAUUAUUUUUUUUUUUUUUUAUUACAGUAAACCAAGGAGUUUACCUGCCUGUUUUUUUUUUAGUUUUAGUUUUUUUACUCAUUUUGGUGAACCAUUGGGGCGCGAACAAACACGGUGAAUAGGACCAGAUUUACAUUGCACACGGUGAAAGAGGACAACAUGCCAGUUUUAAACAGGUUUAUACCUGUUUAAAAGACUGUAUAGAUAAAAAGAAAACAAUUCUACUUAAGAAAAAAAAGUUAAAAAAAAAAAAAAAAAAAAAAAAAAAAAGUGAUGGGAACUAAAAACCCAGGAGCAGAAAACUGGCACCUUCUAACAUGCAGCACCAGGGAUCUACAGAUGAUUCCUUUGCUUUAAAACUUGCUAUUCAUCAAAAAAGGGACUUUGGGAAUCAAAUUCUUCAUGGACUUUUUAAUCUAAGGUAUAGCAAUCAAUAUACGUUGGAGUGAUAUACAGGUAUCCUCCACACCAAAGAGCAACAUACAUGGAUCCAAAAUACUCACAAAAAAGUGAUCUUUUUUUAUUCAGAUAUUUGCCAAGAAGUGUGUAAAUGGUUGCCGCUUUUUUUUUUUUUUACCACUGCUACAGAAAAUCAAUGAGAAACACCUGAUUUUAAUGUAUAUAUAUAAAAAAAAUGUAUUACAUUAAUUGAACUAUGAUAUCCUAUACAAGUAGAUAAUGCCAACCAAGUCAGAAGGUAUAUUGAUAAUCCAUUUUGAUUAAAUUAUUAUAUUCUAAUUAUUAGAAUUGUGCCUUUUUGUGAGUGUAAUCACUCACUAAGAAAAUGUAUUUUGAAAACACCCACCUUUCAAUAUAGCUACGAUGAGACAUUUUGAGAGUUACAUUGCUGGUGAUGUAGAAAAUUCCCUGAACGUUUUAACUGUGGCGUAAUCCCAGUUGUCGCGGAAUAACUAAACUGCUAAAAUGUGGGACAUUCAAUCAGUUUAUUAUAUAGUGUAGUCAUUUAACUCAAAGUAGAAUUAGCAGACCUGUGAAGAAUCACAAGCCUUGCUCUCAUCUUUCUGCCUUAAAAAAGACGAUGUAGUUUUAGAUCGUCAUUUGGAUUAUUGAUAUACCUCACUGCAUUCGCCUCUCACAGAAACACUAACAAUAAUGCAUGUCUGGCAUAUACAGCUUUUAAAGUGAGCUGCCGUCGUUCAUUAUAUUACACAUUACUCUAUCGCAUUUCCAACUUGGAACCGUGCAACAUACUAAAAUUAUUGUGUGCAUGUUUGUGUUAAUAAAACCCUUUUGUUGUCAUGUUACUAGUCAUGGCAGUUGGGCAUUUAAAGCACUUUGACAUAUCAUUAUUUAGGCUACGUUGUUACCAAGCAUUUCAAGAAAGGACACCCAGAGACUUAUCAUUAGAUGACUACAGCUAUUUGUAACAGAGUAGAGAAGAUUCUAUACUGCAGAUACCAGCUAAUCUGGGAACAGCUGAGGGAAAACAAGUGGAACCAUGUAGCACCAAAAAGUCAAGUAGAUGGAUGCAUUCCUUGUGCUAAAAUUCAGCUGUUCACGAGGAGAAGACUUCAUUUCAGAGUCUCACGUUUUUCUAUAACAUGUCUUUGGCCUGAUUUGUGAAAGGACUAAAGCUCACCACAAUCAAAGUGCCUCUUCCAUGUCACAGGCCAGCCCUGUGAAACUGAAUCCAGGUGGAAUUCCACACUGCUACCUCCGGUUCAUGUCACAAGACAUCUGGAUCUCCUGAAAAAUAGGCUGUCAGUUUUGUUAAAAUUGACAAGUAUAUCUGUGGUUGGGGAAGUGGAAAGCAAAUUGAAUGAACAACCAUUUGGUGGUUUGGUGAAAGAGAAGUCCCUGUGUUGAGAUUUAACAGAUACCCUCUGGUUUAGUGUGACUCAGAGGAGGUUGCUUCAUGUGGUGAGUUUUACAUGCGAAUCAGGCUGUAGUAUGAUAGACCAUUUAGCUUUUUUUGAUUUUUUUUUUUAAUAAAGCUCACUGCAUGGUACCUCAAUAACAAUCGGCUGCUUUUGCUGGGAUUAAAAGGUACGGAAGAGGCUACUCUUACCAAGAUCAUGACUCUGAAAGGGGAUAUACUCAUUGAUUGAAUGUCUCAGGACAACAAGGAGUAUAUUAGAAUGGUUUAGCCCUUUCUGAAUCAUUGAAACGUGUGACAUUGGGCCAGUCAUAGUGUUGCUAUAGAAAUGCUGUUUACACCAAAGCAUUGCAACAUGUAAGUUUAUGAGCAAAAAGAUUGUCGGAAUACAAGGAUGGAAAUAAGUCUCCCAGUGCAUACAUUUUGAUCCUCUCAUGGUUUCACAAUCAGUUUAAGAUGGCACACCAGAGAUUGUUACCUGUACACUGGGGCUAGAGAAGCUCACAUUAAAACCUGGAAUGGGUGAAACUGCUAUGCAAUUGGAGUCUUAUUGUCAUCACUGUUAUAGGUUGGGGUUGUUGCAUGACCUUCUGAAUAUAGGAUAAUUUGUUACCAAGGGCUUCCCUCCUUGGUAUCAUAAUAAAACAGUGCUAUUUCUAGAAUUGGCCAGCAUCUGGUAUCUUUGUCCAACAGGCUUCAUUGUUCGACAGUACAUGAUUUUCCACAGCAGCAACACAAUGUGUGACUUUAUAACACAACAACAACAAAUAAUAAUGUAGAUUACUUUUUUAAAACAGUUUGAACAGUGCAAGUUUACUGUAUAGUAAAAGAUUACAAACCUACUGUAAAGUCCUGUUUGAGGCACACUUCAUGGAGAGGGGCAAUUUUAUAAUGUUGUAUACAGUGUGACAUUGGGCAUCUGUGUUUGAAAAUGGACUGUAUUUCAAUUUUUACUUUUACAAUGUCAGUGCUUUUCUUUUGCAUUUCAUUAGUCUUGUAUGGCUGUCCAGAAUAAACCCCAGUUAAAAUAUGUAACAUUAAUAUGCUGAACACUAAAAAAAGUGCACUAGUAUUUUAUGUUUAUAUAAUAUGUGAAUCACAAAAUGUUUACAGAUUGCAGCUAUUUUUAACGUUGUCAUAAGAUCCUUUUUUGGGAUAAAUCUGCAUUUAGUUGCAUAUAAUUUAGGCUUAAAUUGAACAUGUGUUUAUAUUUUAUUUUUUCUGCUCCCCUGUCUAAUGUCUGUGGCGUAUGAAUACAAUCUAUAGAUCCAUGAUGAUUUUUCAUACAGGCAACUUUCAGUGGCACUAAUUCAUAACUUUUAGACAAGUAAACAUUAUAUAUGUAGUAAUGCUAAAGAAAAUGUGGUCAUAUUGAGAAACAAUGCAGGUGUUAUUUCUUUUAUACCAGUAAGCCCUAACAAAAAGUGCUGUCUUUUUAACCCUUUGCUUCCCAGUGUGCAGUCUAUUUGACAUUGAGAGAAGUCAUUAAGUAGGUAUAGGAACAUACCCAGGGCAGUAAAGGGUUAUAACAUGGCCUAAGUUAGGCCCGACAAGAGUUCUGACAUUGUCAUUUUCAUUUCCUUUGUCGAAAACAUUGAAAGGUCUCUAAACUAAGACACUUGGGUAGGGAGCAGAGAAGCCAAAAUUAAAUGCCUGUACAGCUAUGGACAAAAGUUUUGCAUCACCCUAUAGAAUUAAUAAAUGUGUCUCCAGGUCAUCAUUAUGAAGAUUAUGGUCUGUCCAAAAUGAGAAUUCCUGAAAGAUCCUGUUCCACCUAUUGUAAUUGUUUUAAAAAAUAGGUCGCUGUUUUGUUUUUUGUGAUUGGUAGCUGAAGUCGUUUGUGAUCUUUCUUAAUUGUCUUCACAGACUGCACUUUGAAUAGUAAUGUUUAUUACUGAAGACAUGCCUGCUAAUACAGUACCACAACCUUCGUAUGCUGCAAAGUGUUGCUUAAUGUUUUAGUAUCGAAGUAUUGUGUCAACAUUGGCAACGGUGAAACACUUGUGUUUCCUUAAUGGUUUGCUCCUACCACAGGUACAGAGAUCUAAGUUGAAUGUACAGAUUCUGAAAUAAUUUUAACCAGAUUGCUAUUUUAAAUUAAAUUUCAAUUAAGCGGUCUCAGUACCGCUGUGGGAAAGCAUGUAAGUGAUUGGAAUGGAUGUUACAGACUUUUAAUGUUGGUCUUAUUUCCUAAAAAGACACAGCACUGAAAAGAAAUAAAUAUAUCUGCAUCACAGUAUCUAGUGUAGCUUCCAUUAUAUCUUGGGUAAUUACCAUGAAGUGCAUUUUAAUGUCAACUGGAUGUUGAUUUCCCCUUUGCCUUUAUCAGAAACAGUGCUUUAAAAUGCUCUGCAGCAAACCGUGAUAUACUACAGCUAAACCAGGUCUCUUCUAACACCUGUACAAUAGUCUAAGGUUUCAAUGCAGUCACCUCCAAGGUGUCUCAAUGCUUGAUAAUUUUACCCUGUGCCAGAUGCAUGCCAGUUUCAUUAGCUACCAAAAUGUGCCUUUUUAUUACACCCAUCUUUUUAUUUUAUUUUUUUGUGGUUUUCCAGGUGGGGGUGCAUUGAACCCCUCGAGUGCCAGGUCUUGUUUAAGAAAGGAACCAGCAAUCGCUGAGGGUUUAAAAUGUACCGGUGAACAGACCUUGUCAGUUUAAAAACAAAACAUGAAAUUAAAAAAAAAAAAAAAGUGAAUUGUACAUAACUUCAGUUUAAAUUUAUUUGUGUAUAUAUGUACUUGCCUUUGUUUUAUUGGCAUGAUUAUUUGCUAUGAUUAACUGUAAAAGCUAUGUGACUCUGACCCAGAUAUAAGAACAAAGUGGUAAUCUACUGGCACAUCUAACCUUGACCUGUGUACCUAACUAUGUCUGUAGAUGAUCUUUGUAUUCUAUGUUAGUAACAGUAUUCAUUUUGCAUUAAAAAAAGUGGAAACAUUACUGUCACUGUUAUUUUGGCAUUAAAAUAUGUUCUACAAACUGAAAGCAGCUGUAUCCUCAUGACUAAAUGUGCACAGUCUGCUUAAGUGUGAUUGAAGAAUAAAAAAGAUGAUCUUUUUGCUUUA